GGCGCUGAGACGCGGGAGGCCGGGAUGCGGGCGAUCGCGCUGCUUCUGCUGCUGUGCCCGCCGGGCCUGGCGGGGCGCUUCUGGCACCUCACAGACCUGCACUGGGACCCCGGCUACGAGGCGGCGAUGGCGGCCGGGGAGCGCUGUCCGUCGGGCGGCUCCGAGGCUUCGCCGGGCGGGGGGCUGUGGGGCAGCUACCUGUGCGAUGCGCCGUGGGGUUUGCUGAGCUCCGCCGUGUUCGCCAUGCGCCGCCUGCUGCCGCAGCCCGACUUCGUGCUCUGGACCGGGGAUGAUACUCCUCAUGUUCCCGAUGAGCAGCUUGGAGAAGAAAAGGUUCUGCACAUCAUUGAAAACCUGACCUCUCUGAUAAAACAGGUAUUUCCAGAUACUAAAGUCUAUGCAGCAGUGGGUAAUCAUGACUUCCACCCCAAGAAUCAGCUUCCAGGGAAGGAGAACAGGAUCUACAACCAAACAGCAGAACUGUGGCAUUCCUGGUUGAAUGAAACUUCCAUUCCUCUGUUCAGAGCAGGAGCUUUCUACAGUGAGAAGCUGCCCAGCUCAGAUAGCAGGGGGCGAAUGAUUGUUCUCAAUACCAAUCUGUACUAUGACCAGAACAACCAGACUGCUGGUGAGGAAGAUCCCGGAGGGCAAUUCCAGUGGCUGGAGGAAACACUGACCAAUGCCUCUAAAGCAGAAGAAAUGGUCUAUAUUGUGGGUCACAUCCCUCCGGGCUUCUUUGAGAAGAAACGAGGCAAGCCGUGGUUCCGCAGGGAUUUCAAUGAGCGAUACUUGAAAAUUGUGCAGAAGCACCACAGAGUGAUUGCUGCCCAGUUCUUUGGACACCAUCACACAGACAGCUUCCGCAUGUUUUACAGCGAUUCAGGUUCCCCAAUCAACGUCAUGUUCCUGGCCCCCGGAGUGACCCCCUGGAAAACAACAUUACCUGGAGUGAACAAUGGAGCCAACAACCCUGGGAUCCGAGUGAUCGAUUACGAUGCAGACACCCUUCAGGUGCAGGAUGUGGUGACUUACUACCUGAACUUAACUCACGCCAAUCUGAUGGCCCCAGCAUGGGAGGAGGAAUACCGGCUGACGAGCGCCUUUCAGGUGCCUGAUGGCUCCACACAGUCCAUGCAGACCGUGUUGGAAAAGAUAUCCAAGGAUGCAAAGUAUCUGCAGCAAUAUUAUGAGUUCAACUCUGUCAAAUACGACCUUACCCUGUGUGGGGAGACCUGCCGAGUCGACCACGUUUGUGCCAUCAGGGAAAUUGAUUUUACCAGAUACGAGGAGUGCCUUAAAGCCAGCAGCUCUGCUUCUGCCAUCGUCAGUGUUUGCCUUUUAUUGCUCUCUUUGCUCUUAGGGAUCUUUGAUCCCCUGCAAACACUGUAACGACUGAGAGCACGAGUGAAGAGAGGACAGCUUCACAGUGCACGGGAAUUGGCAGUCAUGAAUGCUUUUGGAAUUGGGGACUUAUUUGAAAACCAAGAAAUAAUCAGUGCUUUGUAGUAAAAGCUCUAUGAUGUUGAUUUGA